UGUCUCCAUCCAGGUUUUCUAAGCACAGGAGACCAGGCGGCCAAGGGGAACUACGGGCUCCUGGAUCAGAUCCAGGCUCUCAGGUGGAUCAAAGAGAACAUCCAUGCCUUCAAAGGAGACCCAAAGCGAGUCACCAUCUUUGGCUCCGGUGCCGGAGCUUCCUGCGUCAGCCUGCUCUGCCUCUCCCAUUACUCCGAAGAUCUGUUCCAGAAAGCCAUCAUCCAGAGCGGGACGGCGCUGUCCAGCUGGGCGGUCAAUUACCAGCCUGCUAAGUACACCCGCUCCCUGGCUGAGAAGGUGGGCUGCAACAUGCUGGACACCAUCGACCUGGUGGAGUGCCUGCAGAAGAAGAGCUACAAGGAGCUGAUCGAGCAGUACGUCACGCCUGCUAAGUACCACAUUGCUUUUGGGCCUGUGAUCGACGGAGACGUGAUCCCCGAUGACCCCCAGAUCCUCAUGGAGCAGGGGGAGUUCCUCAACUAUGACAUCAUGCUGGGGGUCAACCAGGGCGAGGGCUUUAAGUUUGUUGACGGCAUCGUGGACAGUGAGGAUGGAGUAUCCGCCAACGAUUUCGACUUUGCUGUGUCUGACUUUGUGGAUCAUCUUUACGGCUACCCAGAGGGGAAGGACACCCUGAGGGAGACCAUCAAGUUCAUGUACACGGACUGGGCCGACAAGGAGAACCCCGAAACCCGCCGCAAGACGCUGGUGGCCCUUUUCACCGACCACCAGUGGGUAGCGCCGGCGGUGGCCACAGCCGACCUCCACGCUCAGUACGGCUCCCCCACCUACUUCUACGCUUUCUACCACCACUGUCAGAGCGACAUGAAGCCCAGCUGGGCCGACUCGGCCCACGGCGACGAGGUUCCCUACGUGUUCGGGAUCCCCAUGAUUGGACCCACCGAUCUUUUCAACUGCAACUUCUCCAAGAACGACGUGAUGCUGAGUGCAGUUGUCAUGACCUACUGGACAAACUUCGCUAAAACAGGGGAUCCAAACCAACCGGUUCCACAGGAUACGAAGUUCAUCCACACCAAGCCUAACCGAUUCGAGGAAGUAGCCUGGACUAAGUACAACCCCAAAGACCAGCUCUACCUUCACAUCGGCCUGAAACCCAGGGUUCGGGACCACUACCGCGCCACCAAGGUCGCAUUCUGGCUGGAACUGGUUCCACAUCUCCACAACAUCAAUGAGUUUUUCCAGUAUGUAUCCACUACCACGAAGAUUCCUCCGCAGGACACCACGCCGUACCCUUACACCAAACGCUUCCCGGGGAAGAACAAUUGGCCGUCCACCACACGCCACCCGGGAGUCCCUUCUGCCAACACCAAGCAAUCCACAGAUCAACACAAGAGCGGAGACCUGGCAGAGGAAUCCACCAUCAUGAUCGAGACCAAGAGGGACUACUCCACCGAGCUCAGCGUCACCAUUGCCGUGGGGGCCUCCCUGCUCUUCCUCAACAUCCUAGCCUUUGCAGCACUCUACUACAAGAAAGACAAGCGGCGGCACGAGUCCAACCGCCGCAUUCCCACCCCGCAGCGCAACUCCGCACCGGCCAACACUUCGACCACGGCUAACGACGUGGCCCACAUGCAGAGCGAGGAGUUGAUGACCUUACAAAUGAAGCAGCAGCAGUUGGAGCAAGAGCACCACCAUGAGUGCGAGUCGCUGCAGAGCCACGACACGCUGCGGCUCACAUGUCCCCCCGACUACACGCUCACUCUGCGCCGGUCCCCCGACGAUGUCCCGCUGAUGACGCCCAGCACUAUCACCAUGAUCCCCAACUCCCUGGCUGGCAUGCAGCCUCUGCACAACUUCAACACUUUUGGCGGGAGCCAGAACAGUACAAAUCUGCCGCACGGCCACUCGACGACGCGGGUAUAGCUGAGCAGGGUCCGCAAAUCUGACACCAAGCAAAUACGGGGAACAUUACACCGUAUGAAGAUGAUAUUUUGUUAUUCUUGAAGGGUAUAAAAAGGAGCGUUGCUCUUAAACUUUGUAAGAAAUUCAGAAUGAAUGUGAAACGAGUGACUCUUUUUAAAGCAGAGCUAAGCAGAAGGUUAGCACCUGCUAACAUCCUGCUAGAUACCAGAAGGAAGGUAACAACAGCUUCGUCUUUUCCAAACCCUUCCUGCAUAGGACACCGAAUUCUACACCCAGCCUCACAUGUAUUUAUAAAAACUUUGCAAAAAAACAAAAGAUAAACAAAAGGGAAUAUAAUAAUGCGUGCAAAUAAAAAAAAA